UUUCUUUUUUGUGCUCAUCGUUUCUCUCUCCCUCAACAAUCUUCUUUACAGCUUCUAACCCAACAACCAACAUCAGUACGAGUAUCGCCAAAAACCCUCACAAUAUCACGCUCUCUCCAAAAUCUCUUGUAUUCUGCUAGCUCUCACAAAAUCCCUUUUCGAUUUUGCUCCCUAUUACGAUCCUCUGCUCCCGUCGUAGCUAUUCGUUUUCCUCCCGCGAAUGCCCUUUCGUGGCCUCGUUUUUACCUCCUUAGCCAUCAUCACGUCGGAGUGGAAUUAAUCUGUAAUGAAACGGGACCGCGAAAGCUAUGGGCGGCUCAUUUCAAUCUUGAAGAUUGCGUAGCUUCACUGAUUGCUGAACUGUUCUCGAAAACCGAAGUGGCUCAAUUGCCACGUCUGGUGAGAGCUUGGGACUUUUGAUGCCAUAAGUAACCCAGCAGUAUAUAUCAAUCAAAUGGAGCUCAAAGUUUCAUCUGCAAAGUCCAGGGGUCUCACCCCAUCUGACUGUGCCAGUGAUCCUGAGGAAAAGGAAGUCAGUGAUGAGGAGGAUGAUGAUCGUAAUCAUAAGCAUCGUAGACAGGACGCUCGGUCGCAGUAUUUGGAGAGAGAUACUGCAGAAUCAGUUUAUGCAAGGCCGUAUAAGAAGCGUGACCCUAAACUUUUUGAAAAUGGGCAUCCUUUCCGAGAAAAUGAAUCCCAAGCAAGUCAAAGCUGGAGAAACUAUAGCAAUGCUCCGCUAGAGAAAGAUUUUCCUAUGAAGUUUGAAAAAAGGCGUCCUGGCUUAGUGUCAAUGCCACGAGGACCUUUGGAUCUGAAUCAAAGGAUCAGAUUGAACCAAAUAUUUCCUUGUGAUGCUGGUCUAGGAAGGGGAAGGGGAAGAGGAAGGGACCCUGGCUCUUGGAAUCAACAUGAUUCAAGGUUCAGCUCUGUGGAUAUCGCUUCUCAAAUGCUUCAGCAGGGGCCCAUUACUCCUAGCCUUUUUGCAGGGAGAGGGUUGCCAAAUGCAUUUGGAUUAUUGCCAGGGCUGCCAAAUGGUGGCCUGGAUACAUUUCACUCCAUUGGUUUGCAAGGAACUGUCAGAGCACCAUUAAAUUCUUCACUAAAUAUUGGUAUACCUCGCCAUCGAUGUAGGGAUUUUGAGGAGCGUGGAUUUUGUCUGAGAGGAGACAUGUGCCCAAUGGAGCAUGGUGUUAACCACAUUGUCAUUAAAGAUGUUCAGAGCCUUUCGCAGUUUAACCUACCAGUUUCACUUUCAAGUGCUCAACUAGCAGGAGCAGCGGCUGGACCAGGAACUCUAUCUUCUAUUGGUAAUCCUUCAAGUACUUUUAUGAAUAGCAAAGGCCAUGGAAAGGGCACCAAACUUGGAAUGGCUGAUGAUGUCUUGGGCUUGAAUGGUGGAUUUUCUGGUUCUUUUAGUGCUGGUGGAGCAGACUCAUACGAUCCAGACCAACCAUUGUGGAAUAGUAACUACCCCAAAACCUCUACUUCUCUCUUGGUGCCACAUUCACCCAAGAAUGAUGAAAAUGAAUUGUUAUUGAAUGCUGAUGCUUCAGUUCAUCCUCAUGUCAGAUUACAUGAUAUUGCUGAUAGUGAAUGCCCAGAAAGAAGUGCAGCUACUGUCAUUGGUUCAGAGGGUACAAGUUCGUCAGUUUGGGGUAGAAUUGGUAGUUCGAAAGGAGGAUUAGAUAUAAAAGAAAAUUGUAAUUUAACUAUAAGUUCCUCAAAUUAUAUUGAGAAUGAUAGUAAGAAAGAUCAAGAUGUAAUAGCCAAUGUCAAAGGCACUUCUCGUCAUGGAAAGUCAUUUAAUCCUGAGGAUGUUGGUAGAAAAUUCAUGGUUUCAUCUCCAGGGACACAGAUUGACUCAUUUCGUAAUAUUCGUAGACCGUCUCAGAAGGCUGUGCGUACUCUAUUUGUCAAUGGCAUUCCUCAGAAAACCAACAAGAAGGAGGCUCUGCUUUCUCAUUUUCAAAAAUUUGGAAGAGUUAUUGACACAUAUAUUCCAUCAAACAGUGAACGAGCUUUUGUUCAGUUUUCAAAAAGGGAAGAGGCGGAAGCUGCACUCAAGGCACCUGAUGCUGUAAUGGGUAACCGCUUUAUUAAGCUAUGGUGGGCUAAUCGUGACAACAUUCCUGAAGAUGGCAUGAGUGGUGGAAGUGAUGUAUUAUCCCUUGCAGUCACAGCUGCUCCUGUACCACCCAACCCAUUCAUCGCUAACAAAGGAAAAGAUGGUUUUCAAUCUGUGCCAAAGGGUAGUACAGUUCAUGCUUCAGAAACUUCUCUGCCUGCUUCUGAUCAACCUAAGCCUUUGGUAACAAACAGUCCCAAGGUUACACCUCCUUUACAGAAGAAGCUAGAGAGCUUGGAGCACUUGAAGGAGGAACUUCGCAAGAAGCAAGAACUGCUGGACCAGAAGCGUAACGACUUCCGGCGCCAGUUGGACAGACUUGCUAAACAGGCUACAGGAGUCAAAUUUGAUGUAGUGACUGAACAAGCUACUAAGAGACAAAAAGUGGGAAUUGUUGAUGACGUUGCAAAAGCUACUGCUCCAAGGCCGUCUGAUCCCAGUGCUGCGGCGACUUCUCCACUUGUUGAGAUGGCGGAUAAAAUUAAGAACAAAAUGGAGAAUGUUGUUUCCUCUUGUCCUGAGAAAAGUAUGGCCAUACUUGAGCAAGAGUCCACAAACUCAAAACACCAGAUUCUUCCAGUUGCAGCUGCUAGGACUCCUUUUCUGUUGAAUAGAUACAAGUUGGACAACCGGCCCACUGCAUUUAGAGUUAUUCCACCCUUGCCUUCUGCGUUUGCUAAUGUUGCUGUCUUGAAGGAACACUUCUCAUCAUACGGUCAUCUUUCUAUGGUGGAACUUGAAGAUGUGGAAGCCUUGGACAGUAGUGACAGUUCAGGGACAAAUAAGAAUUGCUCAGCUUGUAUAACAUUCAAGACACGCCAUUCAGCUGAGUUAGCAUAUCUAAAUGGUAAAUGCUGGCAAGGACACACAAUGCAAUUCAUGUGGCUAACAUCUUGUAAUUCUAGCAGAGACCCUACUGGCAGAGAAAAAUCUCCUUUGGCCCCCAAGUUUCAUGCAGAUUAUAAUUCUAAUCCAGCAGAAAAGCUAGUGUCCACAGUUUCCCUGGAAGCCACUGCAUCAGGAAAUGAAGAAACUGACAAUUCAGGUGGAAGAGAUGGUGUCCCCACCAUGGCGUCACAGGAAGUAUCCCAGCCUAGUCCAAAGGCAAUUUCCAGUGGUGAGGAGUCCCCUAAAGGCGAUGACUGUUGAUGGCUGAUUGUUGAUUUGUACAGUGAGGUAAAAAGUUAAGACCUAUUCAACUGUAAUUUUCUCACAUUUUGUCUUAGCAAUUGUUGAAAUUUAUUUUUCUCAAUAGUUUUUCAUGUAACGCAUGGAUAUGUAAAGCAGAAGGUAUCUGAAUUUUGACUUCCACCUGAGGAAAAUGGUUGGAGGCUCAAGUGGGAAAUUCUGUUGUCUUUCAACAUAGAUUCAUUCUAGGGACUGGAGGAACAAAGUUGAACAUUUUUUGUCGAAGUUACUUGAAUGUAAGCAAAAAUAGGGAUCUCUGAUUUCCCUCGACUUUGAGACGGAACCAUUCAUUGAUAUAUAUGAGAUAUGGCUUCAAAAUA